AUGAAAAUCAAGGCGCUUUCCAGGUCGCUCGAUGUCCACGCCCCUGCUCGACAGGGCGACCCUGCCCCUCUAUCCAGAAACCUCGAUCCAGCACUCCAUCCUUUCGACAAACCAAGAGAGUACACACGUGCAGUUAAUGCUGCCAAGCUGGACAGACUCUUCGCCAAGCCAUUCGUCGGAGCCCUGGAAGGACACGUUGACGGCAUCUACUCGAUCGCAAAGGACACCAAUCGACUCAAUGUCGUUGCUUCGGGAAGCGGCGAUGGAGAAAUCCGCCUUUGGGAUCUGGCCCGACAAAAGCCUAUCUACGUCUACCCACGGGCACAUUCCGGUAUCAUUCAGUCGAUCUGCAUUUCUCCUCUUACCUUCAUGUCGCCCACUGGCAACUCGUCGGUUGGUCGCCGAUUGCUUUCUUGCUCGACAGAUAGGACUGUCAAGGUCUGGGACGCCGAUCCGCGCCCUGACGGUCUUGGCCAAACCAGCUUCAAUGCCAUGGAUGACGACGAAGAUGACGACGACAUGGAUGCAGAAAUGACCACGGGUGGUAGCUUGAGAAGGGGAGGUCUCCUCAGCACACGCGACAAAGACGUGCCACCUAGCGAGCCAUUGACCGUGUACAGUGGCAAGGCGGCAUUCAACUCGCUCACGCAUCACGCUUCCAAUACGGUCUUUGCUUCGGCUUCAUCCUCGAUUCAGACUUGGGACCUCGAGCGCGGCGGAUCCUCGGAUCCAUUACUGUCCAUGACGUGGGGCCCAGAUGCCAUCAACGUGGUGCGGUUCAACCUCAGCGAGCGCGAGGUUCUCGCCAGUGCAGGAAGCGACCGUGGCAUUGUUCUCUACGACCUGCGCAGCGGAAAGCCUUUGACCAAGAUGAUCAUGCAGAUGCGAGCAAACGACAUUGCAUGGAACCCGACAGAGCCGACCGUCUUUGCCGUGGCGAGCGAGGAUCACAACGUCUACACAUUCGACAUGCGACACCUCAACUCGGCGACACAAAUCUACAAAGACCACGUUGCCGCCGUCAUGUCGGUCGACUUUUCACCCACAGGCACCGAGCUUGUCUCAGGCUCGUACGAUCGUACACUGCGCAUCUGGGACUAUGGCAAGGGCAACCAUUCGCGCGAUGUCUAUCACACCAAGCGCAUGCAGCGCAUCUUCUCCACCUCGUUCUCCAUGGACGCGCGCUUCGUGCUCAGCGGCUCGGACGACGGCAACCUGCGCAUCUGGAAGGCCAAGGCGAGCGAGAAGCUGGGACUGCUCAGCGGGAGGGAGAUGGCCAACCGAGAAUAUGCCGAGAAUUUGCGCAAGAAGUGGAGCGGGGUGGGCGAUGUAUCCAAGAUCGAGAAGCAGAGGCACGUGCCCAAGGCGAUCAAGCAAGCGCAGAGGCUCAAGAAGACCAUGAUCGACGCCAGGAAGAACAAGGAAGAGAACAGGAGGAAGCACUCCAAGGCAGGCGAUAAGAAGCCCAAAGCGGCGCGAAAAGAGGCCAUCCUCUCUCAACGUGAUUAG